CUGGGAGCUGCAUUUUCGGGCGGUUUUCUUCUACCCACAAUAAUCACCUUCCUUUACACCAAAGUCCCCAAAUCUGAGGUGAUACGCAAUGCUUGGAGUUGUGUGCAGGAGAUUGACAAUCCCCUCAUUCCCUGGCCUGAGGUUUUCACUCGUGAGAAGAAGCCCGCCUUGUCGGAGGUACGCAGAGCUCUAGCAUCACUGCGUCAUCUAACGUGGAUGCUGGUCACUUUUAAUUUCAUCGUAUACCUCGGCUUCUGGCAGAUACCGGGACAUGCAAUACAAAAGCUCAACUUUGGCUGGUUCCUCUACUACGUAGGCGCUUUUGUUAUGCAUGAGAUAUCCUAA